AGAUUAUAAAAUGAUUAUACUACUGACAAACAAAAUGCUAGCUGCAUCAUUAACGUCAGAUUAUUUCUGAACGCACUAUUUAAUGCACAACGAAGAACGGGCAAUAGCUGUGCUCGGUCGGCGAAAAAUUAAAAGACGUCCAUAUUUGUUGGAUAUUUCCUUAUUCCGUGAUUGUGUAUUUAGGGCCAGUGGACUAUAAACUCAACACUGUGGCUAAGGUGACCCCGUUCCCGAGCAUGACUUAUUCCGGAAGGAAUAAAUUCGAGAUCGCUCGGUUUUCGGGCGAUGAUGAAAAUCAUAUAAAUAAAAAGCUACCAAAAGAACUCCUGCUGCGGAUACUGUCUUACCUUGAUGUGGUGUCGUUAUGUAGAUGUGCACAGGUAUCAAAGUUAUGGAACAUUCUGGCUCUGGAUGGCUCGAAUUGGCAGAGAAUUGACUUAUUCGACUUCCAAAGAGAUGUAGAGGGUCCGGUAAUAGAGAAUAUAUCGCAAAGAUGCGGCGGGUUCCUGCGUCAACUCUCGCUGAGGGGUUGCGAGAGCAUUGCAGAUGGUUCUAUGAAGACACUAGCUCAAUCAUGUCCAAACAUAGAAGAUUUAAAUUUGAACAAAUGCAAGAAGCUCACAGAUCAAACCUGUCAGGCUUUGGGCAGACGCUGUAGCAAGCUGCAAAGGAUCAACCUUGACUCAUGCCCAAGCAUAUCAGAUAUAUCGCUGAAAGCCCUCUCUGAUGGAUGUCCGGUAAGGUGUAAAAAUGUCAACGACAAAGCAGUGUCGUGUUUGGCGACGUACUGCCCAGACUUGGAGGUGCUCAACGUACAGGGGUGUGAUAACAUAACAGACGAGUCGAUAUCCCGUCUGGGUGGUGCGCUGCGGCGUCUCUGCGUGUCCGGUUGCUCGCGUCUGACGGACGCGUCGCUGUGCGCCCUGGCCGCCCACUGCCCGGACCUGGCCACGUUGGAGCUGGCGCAGUGCGCUCAGCUCACGGACGCCGGCUUCCAGGCUCUGGCUAGGAGCUGCAGAAUGCUCGAACGGAUGGACCUUGAAGAAUGUGUUUUAAUAACAGACACGACGCUCGUACACUUGGCCAUGGGCUGUCCGCGGUUAGAAAAACUGACGCUAUCCCACUGCGAGCUGAUCACAGACUACGGUAUCAAACAGCUGUCGAUGUCGCCAUGUGCGGCGGAACACCUCACCGUAUUGGGUUUGGACAACUGUCCUCUAGUUACUGACGGUGCGUUAGAGCAUUUGAUAUCGUGUCACAAUUUGCAACUGAUCGAAUUGUACGACUGCCAGAUGGUCACCAGGAAUGCUAUAAGGAAACUACGGAACCACCUACCAAACAUAAAGGUGCACGCCUACUUCGCGCCCGUGACACCCCCCGUCACUGGAGGGGGAGCCAGACCCAGAUACUGUAGGUGUUGUAACAUCAUAUGAAACAUGCUGAAGUUUCUCUUUAGAUAAAUAUAUUUUACGCUAAAUAUUUCGUGUUAGGGUUUAAUCAGACUAGACACGUGGAAAUGUCAUGUUUUGUGUGUGAUUUUGACAUUAAUUGUCAAUGAAGUUCGUCAUGUUUCACAUACUUAUUAUGUGUAUAAAGUUCAAAAUCUGCUUAUACAAUCUUUAGCAUGGUUUAAAAGUUAAGUUACAGAGAGUUACAAGCAGUAAAUUUUUUAGUAUUGUCUUUAUAGAAAACAAUUUUUUAGUUACAUGAUAUAGAAAAAUAUCACUGGUUUGUACGGGUUAUUAAAUAUAUAUUCACAGAUAAAUUACAUGUCUUUUUAUAAUUAGCCUGAUUAAACCCCAAUAUGUAUAUCAUUAGUUUGACAUAAGUCAUCGUUAGUUAAUGUCAGGUUAUGUCAAUAAGUGUUUGGCGUCACGUCAAGUUUGUGACUAAUUUAUGUAAUAAUUAAUGUAAAAAAAAUGUAUGUUGUGUGUUUUUUCUAUUCGUUCGCUGUUACAAUUAAUUCACAGCGCAUAUUUUUAUAUUUAAUAGCAGUGUCUUUAUGAACGUAUGUAUUAUAUUCGUCAUAAUGUUACUUUUAUUUUUGUCAAACAAAAAAUUUAUG